AGGGCCAGAGAGCGGGCACAAAUGCCUUGCUGUGAAAUGCCACGCAGGCAGAGAGUGACAGGCAGUCAGUAAGAGCUGAGCUUUUCCCCCUUGGACGGCUGUUUCCUGCUAGGUUCCAAGGAGAGGGGCCUCGCUCCUCCUCCUGCUGCUGCUGCUGCUGCUGCUACUACUUCUGCUGCUGCUGCUGCUGCCACUGCUACCACAGCUGUCUCUCUCCACUCCAGGUAAGCAGAGGGCAAGUUGCAAGUCAGCCUAUGUACGAUGAACAAGAUCCGAAAGUUUUUCCGAGGAAGUGGGCGAGUCUUGGCAUUUAUAUUUGUAGCGUCUGUCAUCUGGUUGCUCUUUGACAUGGCAGCUCUCCGCCUCUCAUUCAGUGAGAUCAACACAGGGAUACUCAAAGAAGAUAUCAUGAGGAGGGAACAGACAGGAUUCAGAGUUGAGCCAGACCAAGUGAAGGUCCCUUACACCAGCAUCAGAGGGAUGAGGCUGCCCUGGAACAGAGUGUGGGGCAAGGAGGACUUUAGAAAGGCUGAGAACCAUGGACUCGAGGUUGAGGAGAAUAUGGACCGAGUACAGAGGAAAGGGAAGAUGCAGAACCUCCUGGGAAGGAGGAAGGCUGUGCCUUUGUGGCAUCUUGCACAGACGCAAACCCUCCCAGUGACACUUCCUAUGCAGAAGACCCAGGGGAGAGACAGCAAGCCUGAAGUCUCCUCCCAGCAUAUGAUGUCCAAGUGGAUGGCAGUGUUAGGGUCUGAGAAGAGCCCACUCACAGCAUCAAGAGGAGUUCUAUUGACCAAACUAUCAGGACAUACAGAAACUUUCGAUAAAAAACAAAAGGCCCCAAAGAAUUAUAAAGUCAGCAGUGAUACAUCAAAGCGAGCAUCUGAAAGGGCCCUGAAUGUGACCAUCAGCGUCAGAACUGAGAGAUCGAAGCAGCAAUCGCAAACAGGAACAAAAUCGAAGAUGUACUUUGUCAGUCCACCAAUCCUGAGUUCCAAGGAAGUCACAGUCACAAAGAAAACUGAAGCAAAACAUGACACCCUUCUUAAGUUCCUUGCUGAUAUGGGUCAUUUAAAGAACCCAUCUACAAAUGAAACAGAGUUGGGAGGACUGCCAGAAGAUGAGGCAGCCAAAGUGGCGCCAGGGAAGAAGCUUAAUUUCCCUGAAAGUCAUAUUGUGAUUGUCACUAAAGAAGAAGACCCAAAGACAGACACCAAAGAGGUACCUAAUUCUACAACCCAAACUGCGCUUCCUAAAUUACUGGGUGGAAGUCCAGGUAAACAUGUCCCCAGGAAUCAAAGCAAUACCUCAUCCUCUCCACUAGCUCUAAAGAGAGUGGUGUCUCAAUCUCAGACCACCAGAACUGGGGGACUCUAUACAGCAAGAAGCAACUUGACUUCCAAGAUCCCAACUGUGGGACACCAGCAAAGCCAUUCAAAAAUCCCUGAAAACCCUGGAAGGCACCAUGUGUUCAGAAUCGAUGUAACCCUUUCUCCAAGGGAUCUCAACGCUCCAGGUCAGUUUGGGCGCCCUGUGUUUGUUCCCCCUGAAAAGAAGGAGGAGGCCAAACAGAGAUGGAAAGAAGGAAACUUCAAUGUCUACCUUAGUGACUUGAUUCCAGUGGACAGAGCCAUUAAAGACACAAGGCCUGCUGGGUGUGCAGAGCAACUAGUUCACAACAAUCUCCCAACCACCAGCAUCAUCAUGUGCUUUGUGGAUGAGGUGUGGUCCACUCUCCUGAGGUCUGUGCACAGCGUCCUCAACCGCUCUCCUCCACACCUCAUCAAGGAGAUUCUGCUGGUGGAUGACUUCAGUACCAGAGACUACUUAAAAGCUAAUUUGGAUAAAUACAUGUCUCAGUUUCCAAAAGUUCGGAUUCUUCGCCUCAAGGAGAGACAUGGCUUGAUCAGAGCAAGGCUGGCUGGGGCACAGAAUGCAACAGGUGAUGUGCUCACAUUCCUAGACUCUCAUGUGGAGUGCAAUGUGGGCUGGCUGGAACCUCUUCUGGAAAGAGUUUACUUAAAUAGAAGGAAAGUGGCCUGUCCAGUAAUUGAAGUCAUAAAUGACAAGGACAUGAGUUACAUGACAGUGGACAACUUCCAAAGAGGGAUCUUCACCUGGCCCAUGAACUUUGGCUGGAAAACAAUCCCUCCAGAAGUUGUUGCAAAAAAUGGAAUUAAAGAAACAGAUAUAAUAAGAUGCCCAGUUAUGGCAGGUGGAUUAUUUUCCAUUGACAAAAGUUACUUUUAUGAACUUGGAACUUAUGACCCUGGCCUUGAUGUUUGGGGUGGAGAAAAUAUGGAGCUAUCAUUCAAGGUCUGGAUGUGUGGUGGUGAAAUCGAGAUCAUUCCCUGUUCCAGAGUGGGCCACAUAUUCAGAAAUGACAAUCCAUAUUCAUUCCCCAAAGACCGUAUGAAGACGGUGGAACGGAAUCUGGUGCGAGUUGCUGAGGUCUGGCUUGAUGAAUACAAGGAUCUCUUCUAUGGCCAUGGGGAUCACCUCAUAGACCAAGGGCUGGAUGUGGGCAACCUUACCCAGCAAAGGGAGCUGCGGAAGAAGCUGAAAUGCAAAAGUUUCAAGUGGUACUUGAACAAUGUCUUUCCUGACUUGAAGGCUCCCGUUGUGAGAGCUAGUGGUGUGCUUAUUAAUAUGGCCUUGGGCAAGUGUGUUUCCAUUGAAAAUAUCACAGCCAUCCUCGAGGACUGUGAUGGGAGCAGCCAGCUUCAACAAUUUAAUUAUACCUGGGUAAGACUUAUUAAGCACGGAGAGUGGUGUGUGGCACCCAUCCCUGAUAAAGGAUCCCUGACACUGUACCCUUGUGAUAACAGAAACAACAGGCUUAAAUGGCUGCACAAAUCAGCAUCGGCCUUUCAUCCAGAACUGGUGGAUCACAUUGUUUUUGAAAACUAUCAGCAGUUAUUAUGUGUGGAAGGGAAUUUAUCUCAGAAGACCCUGAAACUGGCUGCUUGUAACCCAAUGGAACCGCAACAAAAGUGGAAAUUUGAAAAGUACUAUGACGUCUAAAGAGAAAUACUUUAUCUAGUUAAGCCACUAGAUUCUGUGAAAAGGACACCAAAUGAGAAAUGACUGAAUUUCUCUCCAUAGUAGUUCAAAUUUUCCACUUUCAUAGCAUUUGAAUGGAAGGCUUUUGAAAAUGACUACAUUCGAAUCACCAAACGAUAACUCAGGGAAACAAGCUACCAUUGGGCUGCCGUUCUUCAGCUCUGGGUGGUCUUUAGAAAUGUCUGUGUCCUGCCCUGUGCUGAAAUGCAUACUGCAAGUCUUCCUCACAGACUCUCACAGGAAACCAGAAUGGAAAAGACAUAGUGAUGUCAUGCCCAUGACUGCUGUAAUGACCCAUGAGUGCAGCUAAGCGCAACCUUAUUCUGAUUUCAUCAAA